ACCCCGGUCAACCAUCUCCCCCUCCCUGAGGUCAGACUGGGAUCCAUGGCGCUGAAGAAGCUUCUGGGUUUCGGGAAGCAGUUGCUGAGGGUGAAGGUGGUGGACUGUAACGCGGAAGACUCCCGUCUGUCCCGAUGCCUCAACACUUUUGACCUUGUGGCCCUGGGCGUGGGAAGCACGCUGGGCGCUGGCGUCUACGUGCUGGCCGGCGCUGUUGCGCGAGAGAAUUCAGGUCCUGCCAUUGUGCUGUCUUUCCUGAUAGCAGCGUUAGCCUCAGUGAUGGCAGGUCUGUGCUAUGCUGAGUUUGGAGCCCGUGUUCCCAAGACAGGCUCAGCUUAUCUCUACUCCUAUGUGACUGUAGGGGAACUCUGGGCCUUCAUCACUGGAUGGAACCUCAUCCUCUCCUAUAUCAUUGGUACCUCCAGCGUGGCCCGAGCAUGGAGCGCCACCUUUGACGAGUUGGUAGGGAACCGCAUAGAGCAGUUCUGCAGGGAGUACAUGUCCAUGAAUGCACCGGGUAUAUUGGCAAAGUACCCCGACAUGUUUGCUGUUCUCAUCAUAUUCAUCCUCACAGGUCUGCUGGCAUUCGGGGUCAAAGAGUCAGCAAUGGUGAACAAGGUUUUUACGUGUAUCAACGUCCUGGUCUUGCUGUUCAUGGUGGUCUCUGGCCUGGUCAAAGGUACUCUGAAGAACUGGCAGCUGGACCCUGAAGAGAUCCUACAUGCCCAUUAUACCAGUAACUCCAGCCUCAAUCUGACAGCCGUCCUGCCAACCAAAGAGAGUUUAGGAGUGGGCGGCUUCAUGCCGUUUGGUUUCACAGGCGUCCUGUCGGGAGCUGCUACCUGUUUCUAUGCCUUUGUCGGAUUUGACUGCAUCGCCACCACAGGCGAAGAGGUGAAGAACCCCCAGAGAGCCAUCCCUAUUGGCAUCGUGUCCUCGCUGCUCAUCUGCUUUGUAGCGUACUUUGGGGUUUCUGCCGCCCUCACCCUCAUGAUGCCAUACUACCUGCUUGACAGCAACAGCCCUCUGCCUGCAGCUUUUAAAUAUGUGGGCUGGGGAGGAGCCAAAUAUGCUGUUGCUGUAGGCUCUCUUUGUGCUCUGUCCACUAGCCUGCUGGGUGCUAUGUUCCCCAUGCCCCGCGUGAUUUGGGCUAUGGCCGACGAUGGGCUGCUUUUCAAGUUCAUGGCCGAGAUCAGCCCCCGCACCAAAACCCCGCUAACCGCAACCCUCACCUCUGGCGUAGGGGCAGCUAUCAUGGCAUUUCUGUUCGACCUGAAGGACCUGGUGGACCUGAUGUCGAUAGGGACGCUGCUGGCCUACACAUUAGUGGCUACCUGUGUCCUGGUGCUCAGGUACCAGCCCGAGCAGCCCGGCCUGAUGUAUGAGAUGGCCAAUACUCAGGAUGAGGUAGAGCUGAGUGACGGCAUCAGUGUCCCCAGUAUGGUCAUCCUGCCUGGUGUGGAGGAGAGAUUCAGUUUCACGACCCUCCUGUUCCCAGAUAGCCCUGAGCCGACGACACUGUCAGGCUUCGCUGUCAACAUCUGUGCCGCUGCCAUGGGAACGUUGAUCCUGGUGUUCAGCAUACUGACAGUACAUGGAGGCUUUGUGGUGUGGAACAUCGUAGCCCUAAGUGUCAUCUUCAUGGUGUGUCUCCUCCUCACCUUUAUCAUCUGGAGACAGCCUCAGAGCAAGACAAAGCUGUCCUUUAAGGUUCCACUGCUACCCUUCCUUCCAGUGAUCAGCAUGUUUGUCAAUAUUUACCUGAUGAUGCAGCUGGACAGAGGCACUUGGAUACGGUUUGCUGUCUGGAUGGCUAUAGGUUUCGUGAUCUACUUCUGCUACGGCAUUCAUCAUAGCACCGAGGCCGCUCUGGCUCGCUCGUCUCCGGAGACAGAGAUGAGCGAGCGCAAUCGCAAUUCAGAGGCGUCGCUGGAAAAGGAGGCCUUCCUGCACAAUGGCGUAGAUGCCAAGGAAGACGAUGAUGAUUUGUAGGCUGCAUUGGAAUGUGCCGCGUACAUUUCGACCUCCCCCGAUGCCAGUUUGUCUGUGUAAGAGUAUUUUUGACUGCUCACUUGCAGUGCUCCCUUUUUGGGUGGAAAGUACUGAUAAAUAACUUUUACCCUAAAUUUCAUGAACCUGUGACUUUCCCUCUUGACUGCUGGGUAGAAAACAGAAAACUUGGGAUAGUACUCAAAAGCAGAGCUUCUUGAGCCAUGAUUGACAUGUCCUAUUCUUUCAGUGUUUUGUUAUAAGCUUGCUACCCCUUUUGUUUGGCCUUGAGCUCCAAAUGCUCGUUAUUGCUUGGCUGUAUGAGAGGGGAGGGCUCUUGUGGCACACUGGAGCUAGGACUGUGUGCACAGGUGGUAACAUCUUUUGUCUGGGUGCCAGAAACAGAAAUGCUGUACAUGUAGUCUUUCUUUCUGUGAAAACAAAACUACUGUACAUGUCUAAUUCUUAACAAAAUUAGAUAAUACUCAGUUUUGAAUACAGAUUGGUACAAAUCCUCUUAAACCUGCCAACUCUUAGGGAGGACUGUUAAAGCAGCGUUUCACUAUCAGUUACAUGACAAGUCAGAGCUUGCACAAUGCGCUGCAAAACAUUUGUUCAUGAUAUAAUUAUCCCUGUUCACCAGCAGAAAAGGGUGGUCAAACUGCAGGGAGCUGAAGCCUACAGCCAUGAGAUCAAUACCAUCUGAGGUCCCAGGCUUUCACUUGUAAUUGUGGUUAUAUUGUUGUGGCUAUAUGCAAAUUAUAAUGCUGAAACUGCCGUAUCAAGACAGUAAACAACAUUGUGUUGGACAGUUUGUUACUGUGACAUACAGAUCUAGUCCUGACAGGGGCAUUUUACAUUCAAGCCAUCUGACUUGUAAUAGUUUACCUGAUAUCUGGUUUUAAAUCCUCUUCACAAUACUAAUGACAGUUGGAAAACUCUCAUAUUUUUGUGAUAUUAAAUAGCCUUUGUAAGUGAAUGAAACCUGGAUGCUACAUGUUGAGCGUCAGGUGAAGUCAUUGACAGCUGCUGAACGUCAGUUAAUAUUGUGUAACAUUAGAUGAUAGGGAAUUUUCACAGUGCUGGCUGCUGUGUGUUUUUGCAUCUGUAGCUUGUAGCAUUUAGGUUCUCUUCUUCAAAAAAUUAUACAGGCUGCCUUUUUUUUUUUUUUUUAAUGUUACAUUUGGAAGAAUUAAUUUGUUCUCACCUUUCCUCAUGUUUAUUAAUGUCUUUAUAUUACCCGCUUCCUAAAACACGUCAAUACCAGUACCUUUCACAUCAUGAAUCUGAUUCAAUUUCAUAUUUACAUUUAUUACAACAGUUUUGUUUGUCAUUCUUCCUUGUCAAAACCAAGCGUACCGUACCCACAAUGCAUCUGGGCCACCAACAGUUCAAUCAGAUAUUCAAAUGUGUUAUGCUAUAAACUAAUGUAGCUUGGGGCCACCAGAGUCAAGGAGAGAUGAGGAGAGGGCUACAGAGGUUUGGUAAGCUCACUUCUUUUAACUGCAAACCCCCGAGAUUUUCAUUUUUAAAACUUGUAGUUUUAAGAAUCAACUGACAAGAUGACUCAAGGGACAUCACUUGAGGCAAUUUAUCUGACUUUGAACAUAGUUUGUCGAGUAAAAUUGCUGGAGUUCCCCUUUAACGAAAAAAUUCUUCAUUUAAAUGCAGACCAAUGCAUUAACACUCAGUUUUUAACCUUGAAGCUCAUUCUCUGUGGACAUUGGGAGUCCUUUACAACUAAAUAGUUCUCUAAAAGUAUAAACAUGUAUUAUUAACAUUGUGUACAAAAGAUAUUGUUUAUAUUUCUUGCAGUAAAUUAUUUGUAAAUUUGAGAAGGGCUUAAAUUAUGUGGCCCUGUUUGUGUCUGACAUUGUGUUGCUUAUUUUGUGUUUACGUGAAUCCUCAGGGUUGGCAAUGUUGGCAGGGUUGUCAUGACUUUGGGGUCAUACUGGGCCUCAGUAGAAGUGUAAUAAUGUGAUAUUGCAUUGCUACUUCAAGUCUCACUUUUGACUUAUCCAGGGGGUUUUGGUAAUGUUUGUACUAAACAUAAUAUUCACUGUUGAAUUGUUACACAAAGCAAUUAUUUAGUUACAAACGAGCAGUUUCACAGAUAGUCAAAGCAUAUUUCCCAUGAUUGUAUAACUUUCAAAGAAAUCUACAAAUGCACAUUAUAACAUAACAAUGCAACAGCAGUUAACCCUGCUUAAUGUUAAAACGUAUAGUCCCCUUGUUAGUUUUGAAAGACAGAGGGAUGUGUAUUUGAAAAUCUAUCUUCUGGCAUAAUGAGUACUUGUUUUUCCUUCAUGUCAUGCCAAACCUCAGUGUUUCCUUCUAAGAGAAGUACAGUGUCCACACAUGAUAGAUAAAAGAGAGAGCUACUUUCUUACACUUUUGAUGCUGCUUUAAACCCCCACCGACCUUAGCUUUCCCUUUACAUGACAUGUGUCACAUAAUAAGGCUUUUGAUGUUUCAAAUCCAUCACCAGUGUUGGUGGCCGGCUGCUUCAUGUUUAUGUUGUUUUGCUGUGAUUUCCCUACUUUCUUUGACUUUUUUCUUUCCCUUUUUUUUGCUUGCCUUUCCCUGGUUGUCGUUGGCUUCCUUUACUGUGUAAAUGCUGAAAAAAAGCACAAAAACAAAUCGGUAUGUUUAGGUCACAUCAAUGUUUCAUCAUUUUGUUAUUCAUCUCUGUCUUCAUUAGCCUUUUAUUGAGCUUUUGAAUCAUAUCUCACAGCCUUCUUCACCAGAUGGACAUCGCCCAACAGUCAAUGUAUCAAUGUCAACAUGGACGAGGAAGUCCAUUAAGUCAAAGUUACAUACUUACUGUAGGUUAGAUAAGGAUAUUAGACACCAGAGGAAGACCAUGAGAUGCGGCUGACAUCUCCAGAAUUGGCUAGUUAGUGGGCCUUGCCUUUCUUUCUUUUUUGUCAAAGUGCAUUCUGGUGUCAUGUAAAUGUCCAGCACCUGUAGCCUAAACAUGUAAUAGGCCAGAAUAAACAGGCUUACAGAUCUUGAUGUUAAACAACUGCCUAAUGAUGCCUGUUUAUGACAACAACAAAAAAGACUGAUUGCCUUUUCAUGUUGUUGUUUUUUCACAAUGAAAAUCACCAUGUGUGGGAUUUGAAAUUCCUUUAGGCCUACUGUGAAUGAGGGGCUGAAUGCUACUCAUGGAUUUUUUUUUUUUCACCAACAAAAACGUAUGCCCAAUCACAUUAAUAAAUGUCCCUCACAUAGCAACUUUAAUAGCAGUGUCAACAUGCAGUCGAAAUAGCAGGCAUUCAUUCCUAGCAGUUAAGGAUGCCUACGUUGUUUUUGCCUGUCUCCUUACCCUCUCUUUCUUUUCGUUAAAGUAUGUGUAUGUUUCGUGCAUCACUCCUGUAAAUAAAAAAAAGAGCUUUUGA